UAACAUCAGGUUACCAGUGUAUGUUGGUAAACAAACUAAAACUUGCUGUUACAUCAGGUCACCACUGUACCUUGGUAAACAAACUAAAACUUGCUGUUACAUCAGGUUACCAGUGUACCUUGGUGAACAAACUAAAACUUGCUGUUACAUCAGGUCACCAAUGUACCUUGGUGAACAAACUAAAAUGUGUUGUUACAUCAGGUCACCAAUGUACCUUGGUGAACAAACUAAAACGUGUUGUUACACCAGGUCACCAGUGUACCUUGGUGAAGAAACUAAAACGUGUUGUUACAUCAGGUUACCAGUGUACCUUGGUAAACAAACUAAAACGUGUUGUUACACCAGGUCACCAGUGUACCUUGGUAAACAAACUAAAACUUGCUGUUACAUCAGAUUACCAGUGUACCUUGGUAAACAAACUAAAACGUGUUGUUACAUCAGGUUACCAAAGUACCUUGGUAAACAAACUAAAACUUGCUGUUACAUCAGGUCACCAGUGUACCUUGGUGAACAAACUAAAACAUGCUGUUACAUCAGGUCACCAGUGUACCUUGGUGAACAAACUGAAACGUGUUGUUACACUAGGUCACCAGUGUACCUUG